UUGCAUUAUUCCAAUUAAUCACAAAUACAUAUAUAUAUGUAUGUACAUGGCAUUCUUUAAAAACCCUUUCUUUUUAUUAUUAUCAUUAUGUGCUCUCGUAUUAUCUGGUGUGUGUGUUUGGGGAAAACCAGUUACAUUCCUUCAAGACUUUAGAGUUACAUGGUCUGAUUCCCACAUCAGGCAAAUUGAUAAUCAAGGCACCGCCAUACAACUCAUUCUAGACCGAAAUUCUGGAUGCGGAUUUGCUUCAAAGAGUAGGUACAUGUUUGGGCGUAUUAGCAUGAAGAUUAAGCUCAUUGCCGGAGACUCUGCUGGGACUGUGACGGCAUUUUAUAUGAGCUCGGACACGGACGCUAUAAGGGACGAGCUUGACUUUGAGUUCUUGGGAAACCGUAGUGGUCAACCAUACACUGUUCAGACUAACAUCUAUGCCCACGGCAAAGGGGGUAGAGAACAAAGGGUCAACCUCUGGUUUGAUCCUUCCGCCCAAUUCCACACCUACACUAUUCUCUGGAACCACCACCACAUUGUGUUCUACGUGGAUGAGUUUCCGAUAAGAGUGUACAAGAACGACGUGGCAAGGGGAGUGGCAUACCCAAGAAUACAAGGAAUGGGAGUGUACUCAACGCUGUGGGAAGCAGAUAACUGGGCAACAAGGGGAGGCUUGGAGAAAAUUGAUUGGAGGAAAGCACCCUUCUAUGCAUACUACAAGGACUUCGACAUUGAAGGCUGCCAACUCCCAGGGCCCACCGAUUGUGCCUCCAACGCAAGUAACUGGUGGGAGGGUGCUGCUUACCAGGCCCUUACUCCCACUCAAGCCCGCUUGUACAGGUGGGUUCGCGUCAACCACAUUAUCUAUGAUUAUUGCCAAGACAAGCCACGAUUCCCACUCGGCCCACCACCCGAGUGCCUUUCCUAGACUUCUUGUGUCGGUGCCCUAUGCUAUUCAUUUGGUGUCUACUAUAUGUGUAAUAAGCUUCUCAUCACUCAUCAGUCAUUCUUUUGGACUUAAUUAUUAUGAUCUACCAAAAAGUGUAAUGUUUCGCUUCUAUCUAAGGAAAGGACAAAUUAUAUGUUA